CUGGUGAUUCACAAAAGAUCUCCGCAGCCAGGCUUAUAAAUAAUAAAUAUCCCAUUCUUGAUGUCUUUCAGGACCUCCUUUUUACGUCCUAAAAGGGUUAAAAGUGAUCUAAAGGUAUGAUUCUUUUCUUCAAAUCCGCAUCAAGGUCAAGAACUAUCAGUGUUGAAGAUAAUCCUCUUGAUCAACGAGAGUCGAAGAACAAUACAGCUGAUGAGACAUGCACAAGUCUAACAGUUUGGAGAAAAUCACUCAUUUUUAGCUGUGAAGGUUUCGCUGUGUUUGGAUCUGACGGCAGUUUAGUAUAUAGAGUCGAUAACUACACUGGACGAGGUCGUCGUCCCGGUCAAGUCAUUCUCAUGGAUGGAUCAGGGAAGCCCAUUCUGACAAUCUCCCGUCGAAAGAAGCUAGGUCUAGUAGAUAGCUGGCUUGUAUAUGAAGGAGAGGUUGAUGAAUACUGUAGCAACAAGAAGAGCGUCAUUGAGCCCAUUUUUUGUGUCAGAAAAAGCUUAAAUGUUCUGCAACCAAACUUCAAUGUCCUUGCGUAUGUUUAUAGAGGCGGAGGGAUGUCCGAUAAACGACAUUCGUACGUAGUUGAAGGAUCAUAUGCACAUAGAUCGUGUAAGGUGUUAGAUGGAUCAAGAAGAGUUGUGGCCGAGAUAAAGAGGAAAGAGGCCAUGGUAGGAGGCGUAUCUUUUGGUUUAGAAGUUUUUCUUUUAAUUGUGCAGCCCGGAUUUGAUUCUGGCUUUGCUAUGGCUCUUGUAUUAUUACUGGAUCAAAUUUUCUCUUGAUC